AUAUAAAAGGUUAAAACACUCCUGUUCAAAUGAAAUGGCGGCGCAUUUCAGCUGUGUGUACGAGACAACACGAGACAUUCAGGCGAGAGGGAAGAACCACAGUGCGUUGCUGCGACGACGGAGGACAUGUCAUUGCAACAGGAAGCGAAGGCCGCGCCUCCUCAGCCGCAAGUCGGCAUUCACGCAGACGGCCAGUGCAGACAUGAAUCGUGUGCUCGUUUGCGUGCUGACUGCUGCGUUGAGUCUCGGAAACGGUGAGCAAACGGUGCACCAGCCGGCGGGCGAUGUCCACGCUGUGGAGGGCGCAACGGUGACGCUGGGCUGCAGCUUCAGCAGGACAGGGAGCAACGACUACAUCUUCUGGUACAAACAGGAAGUGAACGCGGCACCCGAGUUUGUUCUGAGCAUCUUUAAGAUCGGUCAGGGCAAGACGGAGAAGAAGUACGCCAACAGGUUUCGCGCCAGCAUGGACUCCAACGCCCUGCAAGCUCCUCUGCAUAUCGAGAGCGUGAAGCUGAGCGACUCGGCAGUCUACUACUGCGCCCUGCAGCCCACGCUGACACAUCCGCUGGCGUGCCUGCACAAAAACACCUGCACCCGCCUCGUGCCACGUCACAUUGGGGGUGUGGUCUCGCGGGAGUCGACUGUGCAAAAAGAGGAUCUUGACUCAUGGGCCAACAGGCCUAAAAAUGGACUCUGUAACUCGUUGAAGACGGAAAUUAAGUUUUGCAUCCGGAUUCUUCUUCUCGCCACCCCUUAGCUUAUCUGAUCUCGCGUCACGCUCUCCUAUGACUACGAGACCAGCAGUGGUUUCGUUUAUGUGCCGCCUCGCUUCCUCCUCACAACUGGAACAAGAGGAUACAAGCAAUACCAGAACAUUCCCGACGGGUGCUACAAAGCUCAAGCGUGAAAAACGCCGGUCCGCAUGUGACGGCUGACGCUGCUCACCACCACUGUGCGUUUGAAUUACAGUGACAAAAACAGAAAUCCAAACUACCUCCAGUCUGCCCACUGAUAUGGACACAGCUGUCACCACCCUACUUUUGAAACCCAAUAAAGAACCAACACGACUA